GAGUUGUUUGUUGAAACCAUAGCCAAAGAUGCUUACGUGUAUGCUCAGCAAGGAAAAAGGAAAACUCUGCAGAGAAAAGACCUGGAUAAUGCCAUUGAAGCUAUUGAUGAAUUUGCUUUUUUGGAAGGUGCCGGAGCCGUCGGCAGAGAGGACGAGCAAGGGAACCUCUUUGCAGAGAGGGGCUGCUGCAGGAGGCAGAGCCAUUUCCUCCACCUCGGGCAUGGUGCCUCUGGCAGUCCUGUCAGCGUGGAUGUUGGAAAGUGCUGGUCCAGCUGCUUGUCCCGUCGGAUCGGCUCCCCCCACCCCGGCCUCCCGGGGCUCUCCAGACACUCCUCCAUGCUUGAUUUUCUUAGAAGCAAGAAGGUGAGAAAAGUGGUUUUGUCCGGCGCCCCGACUCGCCACUGCGGCCGGCAGCCCCACGUUUCUGCAGGUUCCUGCUGUGAGCCCGCCCGUGUGCACGUGGAGCGGCUCCUGCUCUUCGAAGGCGUUCGGAAGGUGGAGGUGGUCGACGGCUGUCACUGCAGCACGUGCCCCAAGGAAUGUCUCCGUCUCCCAGCUCUGAAAACCUUCUUUCCAGACUCUCCCUGGGAGGUCACGCUUGACGUGGGGAAAUGCUCUGACCUGGCCUACAGUGCAG